GCGGUGCAGGCGGCUCCGAUAAUAUUGAAAGAAAUAAAGAGAUUUGAUAGAGGAGGGCGUCCCGGCUGUCUCCUCCCUCUCUCCUCCGCCUCCGCCUCCACCCUUCCUCGAUUCCUUCCAUUAGAUUCGACGAAGUUCUACCCGAUCUGUUGUCGAAGGAGAGGAAUCGAGCAAUGGAGAACUUCGAUCCGGCGAUUGGAUCUUUGGAGAACGGCGAGGACCAUACCGCAUUUGCUGCGCCGAUCAAGGUCAUCAUCGACACGGAUCCCGGAAUAGAUGACAGCAUGGCCAUAUUAAUGGCGUUUCAAAAAUCAGAGAUUGAAGUUUUGGGUUUGACAACAAUUUUUGGAAACGUGAGCACUGAAGAUGCUACUCGCAACGCCUUACUUUUGUGUGAGAUUGCUGGACAUCCAGAGGUUCCAGUAGCUGAAGGAAGUCACGAGCCUUUAAAGGGAGGAAAGCCACGUGUGGCUGAUUUUGUCCAUGGAUCUGAUGGGCUUGGCAAUAUAUUUCUUCCACCACCAGCUGGGAAAAAGAUAGAGACAAGUGCAUCUGAGUUUUUGGUAGAAAAGGUUUCUCAGUAUCCUGAUGAAGUAUCUAUUCUUGCAUUGGGGCCUUUAACAAAUUUGGCAUUGGCAAUAAAAAGAGAUUCUUCCUUCGCGAGCAAGGUAAAGAAGAUAGUUAUUCUUGGUGGGGCUUUCUUUGCUGCUGGAAACGUCAACCCUGCUUCUGAAGCAAAUAUAUUUGGAGAUCCAGAAGCAGCUGAUGUUGUCUUUACUUGUGGAGCAGACAUAACAAUUGUUGGGAUAAACAUCACUACUCAGGUCAAAUUUUCAGACGCAGACCUCGCCAAGAUAAGAAACUCCAAAGGCAAGCAUUCACAUAUUUUAUGUGAGAUGUGCAAGUUUUACAGAGAUUGGCAUGUUAAAUCUGAUGGCGUUUACGGUAUUUUCCUACACGACCCAGUGAGCUUUACUGCUCUAGUUCGUCCAGAUCUCUUCACAUAUAAGAAGGGAGUCGUAAGGGUUGAGACACUGGGCAUCUGUGCAGGUCAUACACUGAUGGACCAAGGAUUGAAAAAGUGGAAUGCAAGCAAUCCUUGGACAGGUUAUUCUCCUGUAUCAGUUGCUUGGACAGUCGAUGUGCCUCUGGUUCUCUCUUUCAUCAAGGAGUCGCUUAUGAAACCAUGAGACAACAGGCCAAUAUUUUAGACAACCUUUCACUGGAAUGUGUAACAGAAACUCUGGAAUAAAAAGAAAAAAAUGUUUACUGAUCAUAUUUCUUUGUGAUAGCGGUUCUAAAAACUCACUUCCACGUCUGGUCCUGUAAUAAAAGCAGCAUGGAGUAGGAGGCAUGUUGGGGGACCAAUCAUUGUAAUAUGUGACUGGACUUUGAAUCACAAAGUGGUCAUUAAUUUA